AUGUGUCAGGGCGGUAGAGGGCAGCGGGCUGGCCUUCUUCGGAGCCGUCCUGAGGAAGAGCCCGAUGGGGUAAGCUGUGGGGCAAGCGGCGCAGCCCCCCGAGAUGGCACCGUAAGCCCAAUAUCAGAUCCUCCUAGCAGAGGAGGGAACCAAAGCUUGGACGGAACACAGUACCGUCCCGCUGAGGCUCCAAGAACACGAGAUGGGAGAGUGCGCUGGACAGAGGAGGAAAAUAUUCUUAUAAUGCGCACUCAUUUCAUUGCUCAAGAACUGCAACAGACAACUGGGAGAACAUACCGUGAAAUUCUGACAACCAUCUGGAACGAGAUCAAGCCAGAAAGGCAAUCGUACCCAAACCUCCUCUCGAACAGAGUCAGGCGGAUGCUCGAAAGUGGAAAAUUCUCCAGAGUGGAAUUGAAUAAUAUCGAGCGGAGCACGAGACCUUUUGCCCCGGUUCCAGAGGAUGAGGACCAAAACACUGAAUGUUCACCAUCAGAAACACUCACACACCAAGAAACUGAUGUAAAUAAUGAAACAAGCCAGAAACGUAGCAAAAUCCAACAAAUCUUCGAGAGUAACUCACAAAUGUACACAGGAAUUUCUCCUCAAGAAAGACCACAAAUACCGAGAUUAAAGGGCUCACGUAAAAUCCUUGAAAGUGUACAGAGUGUCAAUGAUAUAAUAGGAACCAUCCUCAGCAGCCAAUCCAAUCUGGAAGAAACCACAGAUUGUGUAUACGCUGGAGCAGUCACCGUCUGUGAAGUGAACAAAAUACGACUCAGAAGUACAGAACCAACGCCGAGAAGAGAGACAACACCACCCUGGAAAAUACGACUGGAGACAAAAAUAAAGAACAUCAGAAAAAAAAUUGGCAAACUGCAUACUUACCUGCAAACAGACUCACCAACGAGAAAACUUCUCAAAUCCAUUCACCGCAUAUCAUCGGAGAUCCACAUUCAGGAAAGAGGCGUAAACUUCAGGCAGAAACUUCAAAUGGCCUGCGACACCCUGAAACAAAAGGUAAAAGCAUUAGGUAAUCGCUUAAAACGAUAUAAUGACAGGGUGAAAAGAUAUAAGAACAAUCAGUUAUACCAAAAAAAUCCCAAACAAUUCUUUAGAUCUCUUGAGGGUACCACAACAGCACAAGAAGAACCACCAACAGCUGAAAACAUGCACAGAACCUGGAAACAAAUUUGGGAGUCUGAGGAGGAGCAUGAUGAUACGGCCUUCUGGAUCCGGGAGGCGGAACUAGAAGCCAACAAGUAUACAAUGGGAGAAAUGAGAAUCACAGAAGACGACAUAAGAACAAUACUCAAAAAGACAAACAACUGGUCUGCUCCGGGCCCCGACGGUAUACACAGUUAUUGGUGGAAGUAUUUUGACUGCACCCACAGAAUCCUGGCGAACAUAUUCCAGAGAGCGUUAACAAAUCCGUCUGUCAUACCGGAAUCACUAACUGAUGGCAUAACCCACAUGCUUCCUAAAGGCGAAAAAAGUGGAAAUCCGAGAAACUACCGGCCAAUAACAUGUUUAUCGUCGGUGUACAAAGUACUCACCGGAGUGCUCACGCUUCACAUUUCAAGACACAUAGGACAACAUAACAUACUGGCACGAGAACAAAAUGGGUGCCGUAGGGACGCGCGUGGUUGUAAGGAAUUUCUUACCGUUGACUCUCUCAUCACAAGACAGGCUAAAAGGAAACAACGAAAUAUAUCAAUGGCGUGGAUAGACUACAAAAAAGCCUUUGACUCGAUACCUCACUCAUGGUUGCUGAAAACCCUGCAACUCUAUGGUGUGUCGGAGGCUUUGGUCAGGCUUCUCAGACACUUGAUGAACUCAUGGCGAACGAGGCUGCAUGUGAAUAUCAACGGGCGCACAUACACAACAGAAGAACUGCAAAUCAGAAGGGGAAUAUUCCAAGGAGACAGGCUUAGUACCCUUUGGUUUUGCCUAUCGAUCAAUUUUUUGAGUAAGCUCCUAAAUAAAAGCCACCAUGGGUAUAUAAUAGAGAAGAGGCAUAAUACAAAGAUAAAUCACCAGCUUUACAUUGAUGACCUCAAACUUUACGCCGCCAAUGAGGACCAACUGAUGAGUCAGCUUAGAGUGGUGGCAUCCUUCACUGAAACAAUCAAAAUGGAGAUGGGGCUUGACAAGUGUGCGGUCGUGCAUGUGAAAAGGGGUAAACUCAUGCAGGGAGAAGGAAUGCUGGUGCAGGACGGAAUAGAGAUCCAAAGACUAAACACAGAAGAAACCUAUAAGUAUCUGGGCAUCAAACAAGGGUUGGAAAUAAAGACUGCUGAAACCAAAACCACGUUCAGGAUUAAAUUUCUGAAUAGAGUGAACAAAAUCCUGCAAUGCAAACUGAAUGCCAAGGCAAUGGUCACAUCGAUAAACACCUGGGCGAUGCCUUACUUGGCCUAUUCCUUCGGAGUUGUUAAAUGGUCCGCAGCAGACCUUAAGGACAUUGAUAUACAGGUGAGAAAGCUCCUAACGAGGCAUGGAAUACACCACCCACGCGCAUCAGUUAAUAGGCUAUACAUACCGAGGAAAGAUGGUGGGAGAGGUUUGCAAAGCGUCGAAACAGCACACCAUAAAGCUGUAAUAGAAAUGAGGAACUAUUUCUACAAAAAAAACACACCAUUCUCCAGAGUUCUGUGUAAAGAAGAUGAGAACAUCACAGCAUUGAACCUUGCAUCCAGCAACCAACCAACUGAACCUCCUACAUCUGAGAAAUUAUCUGAAGAAUGGCAUGGCAAGGCCCUUUAUGGUAGAUAUCCGACGGCCCUGAAACGAAGAACAGUCAAUAAAGAAAAAUCAGUCUCCUACCUCAAAUCUGGAUAUCUAUUUGCCGAGACGGAGGGCAGGGAAAAACAUACCUAA